UCUUGCAUUUUCCACACACCAAAACCUCCUCACAAGCCAAUUGAUAAUUGGUACUCUUCUUCUCCUACUUCCUUGCACCUUUUCAAUCUAUUUAGACCAAUAUCUGUCAUGGGUGUGAUCAGUUAUGAUAUGGAGAUUACGUCCUCAAUCCCCCCAGCCAAGAUGUUCAAAGCCUUCGUUCUUGAUGCCGACAACCUCAUCCCCAAGAUCUUGCCGCAAGCUAUUAAGAGUGUUGAAAUCAUCCAAGGAGAUGGUGGAAUCGGAACAAUCAAGUUAGUCACUUUUGGUGAAGGCAACCAAAUGAAGAGCGUGAAGCAUCAAGUUGACGGGAUUGACAAAGAGAACUUUGUCUACAGUUACAGCAUAAUCGAAGGUGAUGCUUUGAUGGGUGUACUUGAAAAAAUCUCUUAUGAGACCAAAAUCGAAGCUUCCUCUGAUGGAGGAUCCAUCUGCAAGAGCAACAGUAAAUAUCACACCAUAGGAGAUGCCCAAAUUACAGAAGAACAAAUCAAGAGCGGCAAAGAAAAGGCGUCUGCAAUGUUCAAGGCUGUUGAGGCCUACCUCCUGGCAAAUCCUGAUGCCUACUAAACAAAUAUGACUCGUGAGUGUGGUCCAUGAUAAGGAGUAAAUAAAGCUGCAGUUGAAUUAUAAUGGUGGAGUUACUUGUAGUGCCUGUUUUGCUUGAAGAUCGAGUUCAUGUUCUACUGCUUUAAUAAGUUUUCUAAAUUUCUUUCAGUAAUAUUUCAACAAUUAAUUUUAAAUGAUGAAUGUGUUUCUCAGAUCAAA